GUGCCAUACACGACCAAUACGACAUCUAGUAUGACUAUUUGACCUCAUUUUGUGAGGUUAUAAAAAAUUAUAAAAACAUCUAUUUGCUAUUAUUUUCACACCGUGAUGUGUAUUCACAUACCGAAAAUGUAUGAAGUAUUAUACUCUAUUAGUUAAUAAAAAAUUUUUAAUAAUUUAAGUGCAAAUAUGGUGAUAAAUACGAACAAUUGUGUUAAGUGGGCAUGCAUUUAAUUUUCGUUUUUCUAACCAUAACCGUAGUAAAUAAUUUUUUACAAGUUAAUUACUCGCGAACACGCGUUAUUAAAUAAUUCAUAAACAUAUAUUUGCAUAAGUUUUAAAAAUGUUGAGACGACGACAUGUUAAUGUCAAGACAGUAAAAGAAUUUGAUGCAUUUCCCAAAGUUCCUGAGUUAUAUGUCGACAAAACUGCAGUCGGAGGAACAUUUUCUGUUUUUACAAUUCUCAUUAUUGCAUACUUGAUAAUAGCAGAAACAAGCUAUUUUCUUGACAGCAGAUUGCAAUUCAAGUUUGAACCAGAUACAGAAAUUGAUGAAAAGUUGCAAAUUAAUAUCGACAUAACAGUGGCGAUGCCAUGUGGUCGUACUGGUGCUGAUGUUUUAGAUUCUACAAAUCAAAAUAUGAUAGGUUCUUUGGAAGAAGAGGAUACAUGGUGGGAAUUAACAUCAGAGCAAAGAGCACAUUUUGAAGCUUUGAAGCAUAUGAAUUCAUAUCUAAGAGAAGAGUAUCAUGCUAUUCAUGAAUUACUUUGGAAAUCCAAUCAAAUUACUCUUUACAGUGAGAUGCCAAAGCGAUUGCACAAUCCGGAUUAUGCCCCAAAUGCUUGUCGCAUUUAUGGUAGUUUGAAUGUGAAUAAAGUAGCAGGAAAUUUUCACAUCACUGCUGGAAAAUCAUUAUCUUUGCCACAAGGCCACAUACAUAUUUCUACAUUUAUGACUGAUCGAGAUUAUAACUUUACUCACAGAAUCAAUAGAUUUUCUUUUGGUGGACCUAGUCCAGGUAUUGUGCAUCCUCUUGAAGGUGAUGAAAAAGUUGCAGACAAUAACAUGAUGCUGUAUCAGUAUUUCAUUGAAGUUGUUCCUACAGAUAUUAGGACAUUGUUAAGUACGUCGAGAACAUACCAAUACAGUGUCAAAGACCAUCAAAGGCCGAUUGAUCACCACAAAGGAUCUCAUGGAGUACCAGGAAUCUUUUUCAAAUAUGAUAUGAGUGCACUUAAGAUAAAAGUAACUCAAGAACGUGAUACAAUUUUUCAGUUUUUAGUGAAACUGUGUGCCACUGUGGGUGGCAUUUUUGUUACAAGUGGCUUAAUUAAAAAUAUUGUACAAAGUUUUUGGUACAUUACGUGCUGCAAGUUUUUAAAUUCUGGAGAAAAGACAGAUGAUUGUAAACUAUCUGUCCCAUCACAUUCCAUGAAUUAUCAGGCGCCCGAUACAAUAAAUUUACUCGAUGUUGCAGCCCCUCAAAAUAUUAAUAUUAUGUUGAAGCCUCAAUAAAUUAUUGUGAGUUAAUAUUCGCAAUGCAAAUGUGAGAAGCGUGGAAAUAAUAUAAUAAUAAUUAUUAUUAUAUGAUGCUGUGUACAUUCAAGGAUACAUAUACUUGUUAUAUAUACACACAUUUUAUUAUUGGGUGUGUGUAAAAGUUCUCCAUCCAUUUUUAAAAGAAUAAAUAAAAAAUUUGAAAACUUA